AGACAUAACGUCUAUUCUUGCAGAAAAUGGCAGUGAAUCGGAUUUAUACCUUUGGAUUAUUCGCUUUGGUAUUGACAUUAUUACUAGACGUUGUAGGUGCACAUUCAAGACGAAAUGGGUUCGGUCGAAGAUCUAGGAAAUUCGGUGUUACCAGUCGACAUCGCUUUCAAAUGGACAGCUCCAUAUCAUCGAUGGGGUCGGGAAGGUUCUCUGGCAUGGGCGGAAUGACGAGACCAAUCCCAGAACCACUGAUCAUCGCGGAACCCAUGGCGGAAACGAAUACAAUGUUUGCACCGAUACCAGAGCCAGAACAGGGUAUGGCGAUGGGCCCAUUGCAAGGACCUGGUUUGGGAGGAAUGAUAGGUCAUGGGCAGAUGGGUCCCCGACGAGGAAUACCUACAGGCAGUUGUGCUUACUGUCCAGCUGAUUCCAGGUGUGUCCAUGGUGUCACGGGUCCGACGUGCAUCCCGUAUGGGUCAGUGUCCGGUGUGACUCACGGGGGGAUCAAUGUAUGUGCAAUGUUCAAAGAUCCAGGAUAUUGUCCGGCGGCUCGCUACAUUAGAUACUUUUACAACGCGGAGCAUCGUCACUGCGAGCGCUUUAACUGGAGCGGAUGUGGAGGAAACAAGAAUAGAUUUGCUUCCCUUAGAUCGUGUCAAUACCACUGCAUGAAAUCAGUUCAUAUGAGACAUAGACAUAUGGGUUAAUAUUGACUGAUUUUAGAUGAAUUUGUGUCUACAACCCGUGUAUUUAGUUUUAUAGAAAACACGACCGCAUUUAGCCGAAAAUAACUGGGCUAGUGAUGCAAUAAAAGAAUCGGGGCUAGACAAAUAAUGGUACUUAAAAAUUGACCAAAAAACAUACUUUAUGUUUAGGGGGUGGGGACUUUCUACCUAUAUAGGUACGACCUAAUAAACCUUUCGCAGCAAAACACCUAAUAAACCCUGGUUUGCUUUAGCAUCAUUAUUGUAUUACUAGUGUUUAUUAUCGCAUAAAUGUUUAACGGUUCAGUUAAAUUAAAAGUCCAGUCAAAAUUAAGCCUCGAAUCGUGAGGGUCAUGGGAGGACGAGGAAGGAAAGACAUGUUUUAUUUAAUGACGCAUCCAACACAUUUCAUUUACGGUUAUAUGGCCCCCAUCACAUUUAAAAGGCAAAAUAAUAUAAAGACAUAGGAAAUGUAUUUUAUUAGAAAGUUUUGUUCACUUCUUACUGCUCUUCGUUAGAUAAAAGCAACCAUGACGUAAUUAAAUAAUUAUCAAUCCCCUUCUACUGCAUUAACAUCAUAAUAUGUAUGACGUCAUAUUUAGCAGUUAUUUAGCAGUUCGUUUCUGAAGAUAUUAGAUGAAACAUGUAAAAGGAGAUUAUUUCUUAUAAUUAUUUUUAAAUACAUGUAAUACUGUACACUUGUUUUCUUUUAUCAUUAUAUAUAUAUAUAUAUAGAUAGAUAGAUAGAUAGAUAGAUAGAUAGAUAGAUAGAUAGAUGGAUGGAUAUAGAUACAUACAUACAGACAGACGGACAGAGAUACAUACAUACAUACAUACAGCUGGGGUAGCUCAGUUGUAUGGUUUUGACGGCGAGCAGACUCUAGAUUAUCAACACUGACAGGCUAAUAUUUAAAUAUUGCAAGGAUUAUGAACACUGCAAAAUCCUAUUUCUGUACAAGGCAGAGUCAAACUAAUGUUUCGCCCGUUGGAAGACUGCCACCUCCUAGGACACAACAUCCCUACUACAUCGUCUGUAGGAGGUCUGAUAAAUUUAAGCCUAUGCAAGAUAAAGGUGUAUGGAACUUUUAGUUGUUUUUGCUUUUUGAAUUAUACACUUACAUAUUUGA